AAGUGUUCAUGGACUGCUAAGCAAACGCAGCCCUUUUCCGUGAUGGUCGAAGUCGCAAUGAAGGUUUUGUGAAUUUCGACGAUUAUAAGAUUUAAAUUUGUUUAUUAGCGUGAUCAUGAUUUCAAAAGCAGCAGUCGGUAUAGCUGUCGGCCUUGCCGGAUUUUUCGUUGGCUAUUGCUUUUACUUCGACCAGAAGCGUCGUAGUGAUCCAGAUUUUAAAGCAAAACUACGUGAACGUAGAAGAGCCAAAAAACUAGCACAAAAGUCUGGAUCACAAAUACCAGAUUUCAAAAAUCAUGAUGUUGUACAAAGGUUCUUUUUGCAAGAGGUUCAACUUGGUGAAGAAAUGCUUGCUGCUGGAGACUUUGAUGGUGGAGUCGAUCAUCUAGCUAAUGCAGUUGCAGUUUGCGGUCAGCCAAACCAACUCCUGCAAGUAUUGCAAAAGACGUUACCUCCUCAAGUAUUUCAUCUUCUUCUGCAACGAUUACCUUCAGUUACUCAGAAAAUCUUGUCACAGACAGGAAUGGCUGAGGAGGAUGUUGAGUAAGAUAACAAAAAUCUCGUUGAUUAUUCCUAAAUAAAAAGCAACGUUAGUAGAAAAAACAUGCUCUUAUUGCAUAUAAUAGGUGUCUAUAUAGUUUGCAUUACAUGUAAAACCUUUAAUUGUAAUAUUUUUGGUCGUUCUUCUUUAAACUUUCAACUGCUGUGAAUAUUUGCUCACUGAGCUUGUCCAGUUGAUGGUGUAAGAAUUUUUUUCGAAAGUUACAGCUGCUAAGGAUCGACGGAGUUGAGCUAUGUAAUGGUAAGCUUAUUUUGGCAACAAACUUCUUUAAGUUAAUACGAUGACGAUUUUAAGUAAGAAAUCAUAAAAAAUCAAACGAUAGUUAACAGUGGAAAAUAUAAAGGAUCUGUUUGAUCUUUUGAGCUUCCAUGCAUAGUAUCAAAUAGAUAGCUAAUAAAUCUGACCAUUUAAAGAAAUAUGAAUUUACAGUAUGCAGAUAAGCCAAAGAAUAUGAUAAAUCUAAUUCAACAUUGUACUGAAAAGGUCGUCGUUUGUAAUUACAAUGCAUUUGUUAAUAUGAUAUUGUUGAAUUUAAUAUACUGGCAACUGUCCAUUC